AUGGACCACGACUACCUUGAAUCCUCAAGUUCACUUCGGCCGAGCAGCUCUCGGCACAAUAUAAGUGCCAGACAACCUGUGAGCUGUGAGCCUUGCAGGCAUCGCAAAAUCAAAUGCUCGAGGACGAAGCCCGUGUGCGACACCUGUCAACGACGAAGAUGCGCAGACCGAUGUGUGUACAGGAACGUUCGGGAUUACGAAAUGACGAACACCACGACGUCAUCCAACGACGAACUGUUAAGUAGGAUCAGCAAUCUGGAACAACUUCUCAGAAAGCACACAGGAGCCAAGGUUCCAGGUCGAGCUGGGGAAUAUUCCAUGGCAUCCGUGAUACCUUCUCCACCGGUGGAAAUAGGUCAGAUCUCACAACUAUCUCCCGAAUCGUUCAUUUCCGAGAACUCGCAUCAGACUUAUGCAUCUGAUUAUCAGACGCCUCUCAGUGGUGGUGUUCUUACCUCGACGUCCAGCGGCAAUGUUCGCUAUGAGCCAAGAUCGUCGCAAUGGACCUCUGUACUCGCAAACACAAACUUAUCUAUUGAGACACCCUCUCUGGAAAGCCAAGAAGAUUCCAACAUUACUUCUGGGUUCCCAUUUACCCAUAACUCAGCCCCUUUGACGGACGAGCUUCUCUCCUUGCUUCCUCCGACGCAGCAAUGUGAUUAUCUGAAGAACCAAUACUUUGCUGUCUUCUCCCCAUUGUUUCACAUUCUCCAUGAUCCGACUUUUCAUUCCCAAUAUGCACAAUUUGUUGAGAAUCCCCGUUCGGCGCCAGCCUCCUGGCUCGCCAUUCUUUUCGUUCUCCUGUCCCUGGCCGUGACUGGUCUAGAAGAUGACGAUCCAGUCCUCCGGGACCUCGCACGUGGGGCUGAUCCUUGUUCAAACAUCCGAGUACUGAGCCGUCGAUACCGGGAGGCUGCUAUGAAGUGUCUUGCCAAGCAGGGUGUUUUCUGGGGCAAGCACAAUGUCCAGUCACUGCAAGCUUUGAUUAUUCUGAUCUAUGCGAUGGGGCACAGCCAAGACCAUACUUGGGUUCUACUUGGAAUGACCUACAACGUCGCCAUUGCACUUGCAUGUCACAUCGAUCCAUCCACCUUCAACCUCGAUCUGAUCCAAUGUGAGGAGCGUCGUAGGUGUUGGGCAGGUCUAAUGAUGCUGUACACAAUCCAAUCGACAAUAAUGGGCAACCCUGACCCUACCUUCCGCACCUCGUCCUCCGUAAAACUACCUGCCAACGUCAAUGACCAAGACAUCAGUCUAACCGCCAUUGAAGAAGCCCUCCCAGGACCAACGCAAAUGUCGUAUCUUCUCUUCAAAUUCUCACUUUACGAUCUCACAAGCCAAAUCUGCCGAGAAACGUUCGCCUCAUCAGAGCCAAGUCGUUCCGCGAUCCAGAAUCUUGACCAGCAGAUCUGUCUCGCUCAAGAAUCCUGGGAUAGCCGAUACAUCGCAGACUCCACGUUUGAAACACUGCCCACGCACCACGCAGUACAUCUCCACAUCCUCCAAGCCUACGCACACCAACUCUUCCUACUCCUGCACAGGCCAUUCUUCGCCCGCAGCAUCAUCGGUCUCGAAAUCCCGAACGAGUCACAAAUCCGGUGCAUUGCAUCAGCAGAAGCACUUCUCGACAUCCAUCGGAUCUUAUCCACGACUCCGGAAUUCCGGCCAUAUAUGUGGUAUACAAAUGGACUUGGAAGUUUUCAUGCUUUCCAUGCUGCUGCUGUCCUCGCUGUUGCGUUGUUGAUGCCGAUUUACAGGCCGCAGUAUCGGAAAUUCAGGGGCGUGCUUGAGGAGACCUUAGGUAGAUUUGAGAAGAUGGCUGGGAGGAGUAAGAUUUGUGAGAAGGCGUCGAGGAUCUUGAGAUUUUUGCUGCAAAGCUUGAACUCUGGUGCGCAAUCCAGGAGAGAAGAGAAUAGUAGUGGGAGAGAGGACUGGUUGGAGACUGACCAGUUGAGACUGUUUACCGAGAGGCUGGAACCCCAGCAAUGGCUUGGUCCUUCAAAUAUAGCUUGGGUAAGUAGGAUCCUUUAA